CCAGGAUUGCCAGCCUGGCGCUGCACAAAGGACUUAACUUAGUUUUGGUAUUUUUUAACUGUGACAUGCGUAUUUUCGACAAAAAGGACGAGAAAUGGCGAUGCGGAAAAACAUGUGUUAGCGCAAAAUCGAUGAAUAAACGCCAAAAGUUAACGUGGCGAGGCUUACUUACGAAAGUGCUUAACAAUAGUUAACAAUUAAUAAUUAUUGAUUGAAAUAUAGCAAAAAGAAUAAAACGUUGCAGUUUCUACUUCUUGUUUUCACGACGGCUGCAUAAUUGUACAUUUUAUAUAAUAAAUAUCGCGCAAAAAAUGGGCAUUCCAGAAACGCCGAAAACAGCAGCAACCACAACAACAACAACAACGACAGGCACAGAAGCGGCUAAUGAAAGCAAAAACGCUCUGACGUUAUGCACGUUUCAGGAAAUUUUCAAACAUGUAGAGCCGGAAGUGCAAAUCGAGGCGUUCGAGCUAGCGCAAGGCUCUGACCGCGGCGAUAACUAUACGGCAGCACUGUAUCGCAUCUGCCUAAGUGGGAAACGCCAACAACUAGAUGGCAGCACUCAUAAGUGGGAGCAGAACGUUAUAUGCAAGGUGUUGCCAGAGAGCGUUGUCCAAAGAGAAGCCUACAAGAGCGACAAGCUUUUUCGCAACGAGGUGGAAUUCUAUACCACAAUAAUGCCAGAGCUGGUUAAGUUUCAGGCCAGCAAAACGGGCUUAAACGCGCCAUUGUUUAAUUCCAUACCCAAAUGCUAUACAGCGAGGCAUGAUUUGCUCAUAAUGGAGGAUCUGCGCGUUCGCGGCUUUGAGAUGUCGGAUCGACACAAGGGCCUCAGCAUGGAGGAGACGCAAUCGGUUUUGCUGCAGGUGGCGCAGCUGCAUGCGCUCAGUUUAGCCUACAAGUUUGAGCAUCCGCUGGAGUUUACAAAAAUGUGCAGCACCAUCAGCGAGGGCAUAUUCUGCACAGCUAAUACCAGCUGGUACAAAAACUAUUACGAACGCCUGACAAAGAACGCCAUUAAAAUGGUAUCCGAUGUGCUGCCCGCGGACUCAAAGUACAUGCAAGCGAUGCUUAGCUUUGCGGAAAGCUCUUCCUUCUUCGGACAGAUGGUGGAGUUGGCUAGCGCCGAAUCGCCCUUGUCGGCCAUUUGCCAUGGCGAUUGUUGGGUUAAUAAUUUUCUGUAUCGCUACGAUCCGGAGGAUCGACAACGCGUUUUGGAGGUGGCGCUAAUUGACUUUCAGCUGGUACGCUAUAGUUCCAUAGCAUUGGACAUAGCCAAUCUUCUGUACUGCUGCACCACCAAGCAAAUGCGAGACGCUCAACUGAAGCCGCUGCUCAAAGUUUACACAGAGGAGCUGUACAAAUGGUUGCAAGUGCUGUGCAACGUUUUGCCAGAGCAAUGCAAUACACUGGAAAAGUUUCAGGAACUCUUUGCUCAGGAACUGAAAACCUAUGGACGAUUUGCCCUUGGACUGGCUAUGGACAUCAUACCCAUAAGUACGUGCUCAUCGGAGGAUGCACCUGAUAUGUAUUUGAAUCGCAAUGAUGACCUCGAUGGGGAUGUAGGCGCGCCCACUUUAAAUUUUCCGCCCAACGACCUGUGUCGACAGAAGAUGUCCGAAAUAGUGAUUGACAUGGUCGACAGUGACAUGCUCUAGAGGGUGGCCAGAGCACAACUGGAAGCCCGAUUAGAUCUAGUCUAUGCCACAUAAUUAGAGUUUUAGUUAUGCUCGGUUUGCAGUAUUUAUUUUGAACCUGUAGCCUCUUAUAUAAAAGAUAAUUUAGGUUAAUUAACAACGUUUAUGCCCACAAGGUUUAGGUUAGCCUAGUUUUAAAAUACUUCUCAACUCUAUGUUAACUGUUUACCGUUACGUUUCUCAAGCAGCCAACUUAACAACGUUGCAAUCUCUUAUGAUUGUAAUGAAAACUUCGAAAUGUGAAUUGUAUGCAUAAAAUAAUCUAGGUAUAUUUAAACACAGACAAUAGAAAACUUGUCGAGGCAUACUCGUUUUUCUAUAGCAAUUUCUUUAUACAAAGCAAUAAAUUACAAUCGAACUUAA